AUGGGCGUGGGCGUAGCCCCGCCCAGCCAUCCCGGGACAGAAUGUGGCGUGCCCCGCCCACCCGUCCUAGGACAUGUUGUGGGCCCCGCCCGCCCUUCCAAGGACACGUGGCAGGCCUCGCCCGCCCGUUCCAGGACACGUGGCAAGCCUCGCCCGCCCAUCCUGGGACACAUGGCUGGCUUCGCCCGCCUGUCCUGGGACACCUGGACAUGUGGUGGGCCUUGCCCGGCUGUCCAGGGACACGUCUUGGGCCUUGCCCGCCCAUCCCAGGACAUGUGGCGGGCCUCGCCCACCCGUCCCGGGACACGUGGCGGGCACCCCCCCCGCCUGUCCCGGGACGCAUGGCAGGCCCUGCCAGCCCGUCCCCGGACGCAUGACGGACCCCUCCCACCCGUCCCAGGACAUGUGGUGGGUCCCGCCUACCUAUCGCGGGACGCGUGGCGAGCCCCGCCCGCCUGUCCCGGGAUGCGUGGCGGGCCUCACCCACCCGUCCCGGGACACAUGGCAGGCACCCACCUCCCGCCUGUCCCGGGACGCGUGGCAGGCCCUGCCAGCCCAUCCCCGGACGUGUGGCGGGCCCCGCCCACCCGUCCCAGGAUACUUGGUGAGUCCCGCCCACCUGUCACGGGACGCGUGGGGAGCCCUGCCUGCCCGUCCUGGGCAGCAUGGCGAGCCCCACCCACCCGUUUCGGGAUGGCGUGGCUUGCCCGCCUGCCCCGUCCCUUGGACACGGUGGCGGCCUUGGCCCACGCGUCCUGGACGCUGGCGGGCCCCACCCCCCCAUCCUGGAACGUGUCGCGAGCCCCGCCUGCCAGUCCCGGACGUGUGGCCAGCCCCUGCCCUCCGUCCCUGGGACGCAUGCGGACCUCGCCCGCCUGUCCCGUCCUAACAACACCUAUUGCUUGA